AUGGCACCUGAGGACAAAUACCCCGACUUGACGGGCUUCAAGGCUCUAAGCUUUGACUGCUACGGCACCCUCAUCGACUGGGAGACCGGCUGGCAGAACACCGUGCGGCUCCUAACCUCGCAGCUUCCCCCAACCCACCCCCUCAACACCGACCCUCCCACCGAAGCGAUGCAACGCCUGCACACCAUCACCAACGCGUACGAGCGGAGCCACCCCAGCAUGCCAUACAACGAGCUCCUCGCGACCUGCAUCAGCAAGUUCGCUAUCGAGGACCUGCAGCUCCCCGGCCUCUCCGACAGCAUCGCCGAGCCGUUCGGCAACUCCCCCGGGACCUGGGCCGCGUUCGGCGACACGGUCGCCGCGCUGCAGACGCUGCACCGGCACUACAAGCUGGUCAUCCUCUCGAACGUCGACAACCGGAACAUCGCCGCCACCGUCGGCCGGCAGCUCGCGCCCGCGACCUUCGACGCCGUCUACACGGCGCAGGACAUCGGCGCGUACAAGCCCUCGCACGCGCCGUUCGCGUACCUGUUCGCGCGCGCGAAGAGCGACCUCGGCGUGGACAAGGACAGCAACGAGCUGCUGCACGUGGCGCGCAGCCUGAUCGCGGACCACGUGCCGGCGAAGGAGCUGGGCCUGCCGAGCGUGUGGAUCUCGCGGGGGGGCGACAGGAAGGGGGGCCAGGGGAUUGGGGGGGACUAUGCGGCGCUGAGGGAGAAGGUGGGGUUUGGGUGGCGGUUCGAGACGCUGGGGGACUUCGCGGAGGAGGUCGAGAGGCAGUUUGCUAUCAAGGCGUUGGCGAAGUCGUGA